CUAAUUCCAAAAGCAAAAAAAUUUGUCCAGAAAAUCGUUUUGUUCCCCUUUCCAAAAGUCACACAGUAACGCAAAAAAUAAACAAAAUCAAAUCUCAGUAGUGCCUUUAAGGUGAUCCAGUUCAACUGAUGUUUUUGAGAAUACUAGAGAGGUGAUCCAGUUCAACUGAUGUUGUUGAGAAUACUAGAGUUGUGGAUAAAAUACAUAGUAUAUCUUCACCAUUCUUUGGUUAUUGAGAUACAAUAGAUGCUGAAAUGGUAGAUACAGAUUUAUAAGUAAGGGAAGGAGUAUAGCAUUAUUGGAGAAAAUGGGAUGGGGAAGGGCGACAUAUGAAGGAGUAACUGCAGUUGGAUCAUUAUCCUUACUGGGUUGGACAGGUUUAUGGUUCUUGAAUCGCAGAUUGUACAAGGAGUAUGAAGAGAAGAGAGUACUUGUUCAGAUCAUCUUCAGCGUUGUUUUCGCUUUCUCUUGCAAUCUUUUUCAACUUGUCCUUUUCGAGAUCAUUCCCAUUCUUUCCAAAGAGGCAAGAUGGAUUAAUUGGAAGGUGGAUUUGUUUUGUUUGAUACUGUUACUAGUCUUCAUGUUGCCCUACUAUCAUUGCUACCUGAUGCUUUGCAACAGUGGAAUGAGGAAGGAACGGGCUGCUGUGGGUGCUAUCUUAUUCUUGUUGGCUUUUCUCUAUGGGUUUUGGCGCUUGGGCAUUCAUUUUCCAAUGCCUUCACCUGACAGAGGAUUUUUCACCAUAACUCAGCUGGUUAGCAGGAUUGGAGUGAUUGGUGUGACUGUCAUGGCUAUUCUUUCAGGUUUUGGAGCAGUCAAUUUGCCGUAUAGUUAUCUAUCUCUAUUCAUCAGAGAAAUAGAGGAAUCAGAGAUCAAAGGACUGGAGAGGCAGCUGAUGCAGUCAAUUGAAACUUGUGUUGCAAAGAAAAAGAGAAUUAUUCUUUGUCAGAGGGAAAUGGAGCGGAUCCAAGAUUCGGAAGAGAAAACAAAAUCUAGUUCCUUCUUUAAGCGCAUUGUGGGAACAGUUGUACGAUCCGUUCAGGAUGACCAAAAGGAACAAGAUAUUAGAAACAUGGAAAACGAGGUUCAGGCCUUAGAGGAGCUAUCAAAGCAGCUGUUCUUGGAAAUUUAUGAGCUUCGCCAAGCUAAGGAAGCUGCUGCUUAUUCUCGAACAUGGAAGGGCCAUUUGCAGAAUCUUUUGGGCUAUGUGUGUUCUGUCUAUUGUGUGUAUAAAAUGAUAAAGUCUCUUCAGAGCGUUGUUUUCAAAGAGGCUGGUUCUGUAGAUCCUGUUACACGGACAAUCAGCAUAUUUUUACAGUUCUUUGACAUAGGGAUAGAUGUCAACUUAUUAUCACAGUACAUUUCUCUCAUGUUCAUUGGGGUGUUGAUUGUGGUGUCUGUGAGGGGCUUCCUGACCAACUUGAUGAAGUUCUUCUUUGCAGUUUCCAGAGUUGGAAGUGGUUCAUCAAGUAACGUCGUACUUUUUCUCUCUGAAAUCAUGGGAAUGUACUUCCUUUCCUCCAUUCUUUUGAUCAGAAAGAGUCUGGCAACUGAAUAUCGGAUAAUCAUAACGGAUGUAUUAGGUGGAGACAUACAAUUCGACUUCUAUCACAGGUGGUUUGAUGCAAUAUUUGUGGCCAGUGCUUUCUUGUCGCUGCUUUUGCUCUCUGCACAAUAUACAGCUCGCAAGGCCGAUAAUAAGCACCCAAUUGAUUAAACCAUUUUCCUUGGUGAAGAUGCUAUGUUUUAUUUUUAGGCUAGAAUCAAUUACACUUUAUUCUUUGUAAUGAUGCAUCAUUGAUACAGUAGCAAUUUUUGUAUGAUCAAAGCUGUCUGGUUUCCAUCCAAUCGAUGUCUUCAUAGAUAUGGUACUGCUUUAAUUUUAUCACAGAUUUGCUGCAUUCCUAUGUAGAGGAGAUGGAUAUGGUAGAAGGUUGGUUAGAUAGUUGUGCAUUGUCUUGCUUAUUAUUUAACUUUUUGUUGUAUUAGCUGUAUUAUUAGUCAUAGUACUACUAUUGUAGUUUCUUGUUCUUCGAGUUUAGUUACUAAUUCUUUCUUGUACUCCA